ACCAGUUUAUCUGUGGUAGGUACGCUCGGUAUACGCUGGAGGAGUCCGCUACAAACGGAUAGCAGAGAUGUUCGAACUGUCAUAAUAGAUAAUAUGUGAAAUUUGUACCUAGGUAGUGUUAUCGCUCGUGAAAUGUAUUUUCUUAAGAGUUCGUAGUUUUCAUCUUCAAUGGAAUAAGUUACGGUAAAAGUCAGUACAAUGGACAAUAUUAGAAUCAUCAACAACGUGGUGAACGGCGGUCCUCCGUUUAAGAUACCGGCGCACAUCUCCUUCGGGCAAUAUGUCAUUGACAAACUACGGUCUCUCAUAAAGGAAGGAGCGUCACUGGCCUUGAUAAACGGCGAAACUGGACAAGAAAUCACCUAUCAGCAACUAUUGAAAGAGGUCGUUAAUAUUGGUACUGGCCUUAAAAAAAUAGGGGUAAAACGAGGAGACGUGGUGGGUCUCUGCAGCGAGAACAGGUUCGAAUACCUCGCCGCUGCCGUCGGCAUCAUCUGCUGCGGCGCUGCGGCAACCACCAUUAAUGUGCAGUACACUGCAGAUGAGUUAAAGCACGUAUUGAAUAUAUCAAAACCGAAUGUGAUUGUAUGUUCGGAGAAGAGUGCCGCACAGCAUAUCAGAACUUUAAAGUCAAUGAAAUACAUUCAGAAAAUUAUUCAAUUUGAUGGCAUACCGGUAGACAAAUCAGUUUUAUCAUACUGUCAAGUUAAAGAGAACAUUGAUGAGAAAUAUUUUGAAGCAGAACCAGUGGAAGGCUGGACUGACGUCGCCUAUAUCUUAUACUCUUCUGGUACUACGGGAUUACCCAAGGGGGUGAUGCUGUCUCAUCUGAAUGUUUUGUAUUCAGCAGCUACUUUCGAUAACGAAGAUAAAGUCGAUAGUGAGCUUGUAACAAGACUAUUGACAGUAGUCCCGUGGUACCACGCUUACGGCCUUAUGUCCACAAUCAAUAACUUGAUGAUUCGGAAAGUACUUAUUUACUUCUCUGGAUUUAAUCCCCAAUUAUAUCUCAACGCUAUACAGACUCACAAGGCAAAUAUGCUCCUGGCUGUCCCACCAAUAGUGGUGUUUCUAGCGAAAUCACCACUGGUUGAGAAGUAUGACCUCUCCUCCGUAUACGUGGUGAUGUGUGGAGCAGCUCCAUUAAGUACUGAGACUAUCAGUGAAGCUUGCAAACGAUUACCAAGCUGCCUGGGGAUCUACCAAGGAUAUGGGAUGACCGAGACAUCGCUGCUAGCUACCAAAGAUCUGAUCGAGAUGGCCCGCAAACCGGGCAGCGCUGGCUACCCUGUACGCGGAGUCAAAGCUAAGGUAGUGGAUCUCGAUACCCGAAGAAAAUUGGGAGCAAACAAAAAAGGUGAAAUUUGCAUAAAAGGUCCGAUAAUAAUGAAAGGAUAUGCUGGAAACAGGGCAGCCACCAGAGAAAUAUUCGAUGAAGAAGGUUACUUGAGAACUGGAGACAUUGGAUUCUUUGAUGACGAAGGAUGUUUCUUCAUAGUGGAUAGACUCAAGGAAUUGAUCAAAUAUAAGGGGAGCCAGGUGCCUCCUGCAGAAGUAGAAAGCGUUCUUCUUCAACACCCAGGCGUGUCGGAGUGCGGUGUGGUGGGCGCGCCCGACGAGGCGGCCGGCGAGCUGCCCACCGCCUUCGUCGUGCUCAAACCGGGCAUCCGGCUCGAGCCCAGGGUCCUCGUCGACUUCGCAGCGCAAAGGUUAUCUCCAUCCAAGCGGCUACAUGGAGGUGUGAUUUUUGUGGAGGAAAUACCGAAGAAUCCAUCCGGGAAAAUAUUGCGGCGAAAACUCAAACAAAAGCUUUUACAAAUGAAAAAGAGUAAACUUUGAUCAUCAUCAUUUUAAUAAACAAAUCGAAUCUAUGAUCAAAAACAUUAACACGCAAAUCAACUCAACCUGCAGGUAUGCGUAUGGCGUAUCAUUAUAGGCACAAUAAUACAGAUAGGUAGUAGCAAAUAGUUGGGUUUCAUUCAUCAAGGUAAUUCCUCAAGGUAUCACAUUGUAUUGGGCUGUAUGUAAAUAAGUACCGUAGUUACCUCCUUGUUGAUCACUGGUACUCCACGUUACCUAUACAAAAAUUCAUUAUUUUAUAAAAUGGUUAUACUUACUUACAAUUUUAAUAAAGAUGUUUAUAAAAUUUA